AUGACCAACGAAAGGAGACAAAACCAAUCAGAUUCCCGUUGUCUUACAAUUUUAAUACGUCACAAAGAGUGGGAUGCACGACGAAACGCGGAAAUCUCAUCGGUUGUUCUUGCAAAUUUUUGUUCCCUCAUCACACGGCAGUUCUUCGAGAAAUACACUCAUUUGCAAAUCAAUUCCGUUUUCAUGAGAGACCCAACUGAAUCUCUCGUUUAUGAUAUUCUACAACUGAAUGCGCUGCACACAGGCCGCCUCAUGUUUCACUUGGCACGAUAUUCGAGAUAUCGCAGCAUAGAUAACCUGACAGUAUCUCAGCCCUCUUGCUUUCUUCGGUUGGCGGGGUAG